GCAGAAGGUAUGGUUCCAGCAGCGGGGAAAAGACUGUUCCGAUUUGUCCCAGCGACGUUUAAUGCUGGAGUAGACUUCAACACGACUUGCUGGAUUAAGAGUUUGAUACUUUGAUGAGUGCCUUAAUUGUUCCGAAGAAGCGACCUCGCGGAUAGUGGGAUUGGAUUAUUUACAGCCUCAGGUGUUUUCUUCAAUGAACUAGAAUGUGUGUGUUGCUGGGAAAGACCCAGAAAGCGACUGGAUUUUAAUUAAUUGGUGGGAUGGAUUACUAAUUGUUUCUAGAUGAUUUUGGUGCUCGCUGAAAAGUAGUAACUCGCAAUGAGUCAAAUCUUCCCUCCUUCGCCAAAACCACCAUCAACAGCAACCAAUGACGAAUCUUCUUUGGAUGACUAUGAAGAAGCCCUUCUUGAUCUCGGCGAUGAAGAUGUGGAAUACUCGCACCAUCUUGAACCUGCCCAUUAUAACGACAAUGAGCAGUGCAUGUCAUCUGUGACCCCCGCGGAUUGGGAAGAAGCAGAAUCCUUCAUGGCAAACAGCGAGAGUUUCCCGAUCAGUACUCCAGCCAGCAGCUCUGGGACUUCUCCACUGCCAGGACUUUCCAGCCAUGGGGUGUCGCCAAGUAUCAAUAACGCCAAUGAGCAAGCAUUCCCAUACAGCAUUCCUGAAGACCCUGAUCAGUCACUGUCUUCUAUUAGCGAUGUCCUGCAAGUGGAGAAGGACUUCAUGGAAUUUGUGAGAUCUUUUCCUCACAAUGUUGCUACUGUGCCUUCAGUGCCUCAACCAUCAGCUGUUCCAAUGACAAAGAAGUCUCAGGGCGAUUCCAACGCAAAAGUUGGUUUAGACCAUUUGGAUAAUCUCUGCAAGCUUAUGGAACAACUUAGUGAUUUGAAAGAGACGAAUGUGAAACUGAGACGGAGGAUUCAGUACUUGGAAGACAUCAAAACACUCCAAGAGAUCCACAAAGAAAUGGCUGACGACAGAAAAUUGUGCAGCUCUGGACUUAGCGAAGACGAAAUUCAGCAAUUGAAGAACAAAUCUAGAGAUUCUGAAGAAAGUGAACAGUCCAAAGACAGCAAUGUAGGCAACGAAGACACACUAGAAGUACCUUCAUCAGAACAUUUGCUUGGAUUAUAUCGUAGCAAAACAGCAAACCAAAUCAAUGAACGUGGUCAUAAAAGUCGAAGUGCUGCUAUAAAUAAAGAAAGAAGGGAGAGAAGUAAGUCAGUCGGGCAUCCAAGUCAGUCUGUUAAGGGUAAGAAACGUCCAUCACGUUGGUCGAAAGUGAAAGAGGUUCUUGGUAUCGAAAAAAACGAGGAACUGUCGGCAAAUGGAUCAGAUGUAGCUCCUAAUGCAGAACCUGUCGAAGAAACGUGCGAUAGAGAUAAGGAUAAAAAUAAUCGUAAAAUAAGCGAGCAUUCCAAAAGCUAUAAACUCUCAGGUUCCAAAUCUCAUUCAAGCGUCUUGUCAUCCAGAAGUUUCUCAGAAGCAGAACGUCAGAAUGCUCCAACUGUACUUCCAAUCAAGAAGUCUGGUACCUUGGAUUCCAAAACCGCACAGGCAGCAAUGGAAAGUUUUGAAAAAGAAGAAUUGGCCAAGAAGUCUCCCAAAACUCCGUGGGGGAAGAUGAAAACCAUGAUUCAGAUCCGACGGGACAACCGCCAACAGAAGAGCGAGAGUAGUAGCAGUUCGCCAAGGGACGUCAAGCCUAAUAAAUCACCUAUCCUGACGACAGAACCAGCAACAAGUGGCCAUUCCCCUAACAGGAGAAAUCAAAGGGGGAAUCAUCGCUCACCCUAUACAGAAGGAGGUAUCGACUCAGCGGCUGGAAAUAACUCCUUUCGUGGCAAUGAGAAAAAUCUGCAACGUUUGGAUAUUGGAUAUUCCAACGAACAUCGUUACAGACAGAAAUCUCCUCAUAAGCAUAAUUCACGGAAAUCUUCGGUACCUCAGACAGAAUCUGAGAGUAAGGCCAUGUAUGAAAAAAGUUCGCCUAAGAAUCGCCCAAGAGACUUGGAGAAUUACGUUGGAAUGCAAGAAGCCGCUAUUUCGAAAGAGAACUGCAAAAGAAAAAAGUCGAAACCGCGUCCACCUCCCCUAAAGUACCCCGACGAUUCCGUCCCUCAUGUUGACCAUGAGCAGGAUGAUCCGGCAAUGUCACCGACUGCCCAGAGGAAAUGGGUGUGGACAAAAGUCAAAGAUGUUCUGAAAGGAAGCAAAAGGGAAGAGGACAGCCACUUCUCCUUGUCUGCUCCGUCAAGUCCCGCUUCUGCUGCUGAGGCGCUCACUUUCGAUUUUGACUUGGAGAAAGCAAAAGAAGAAGAAGCCUUCAAUUCGACUUAUCAAUCACCGCGUGUCUCUGACGGAGGCGCAAAUCCUAUCCUCUUGACGAAUUCCAGUCCUUCUGCAACUGUCACGGAACUGCUACGAGAGUUGCAGCAGAAUUUAAGUGACGACUUCAACAAAAAAUUAGAGGAAUGGCAACGAUGCAGGACAGAAGGCAUUCAGAAGGUAGUGGGAGGACCCGAGGUCGAAAGAAAGGACUCCUUCGGCAGAAUGAGAAAGAUCAGCAAGCCGGAAAAGAAACUGUCCACUAGCGAAAAGCUGACCAAAAGUAGCUAUCAUAUGCCAAAGAAAGAUCUCUGUUGGCUUGAAAAAGAACAACAAAAAGUUGACAGAGAAAUCAUUCGUCUCUCGAAAGAAAAGCAAAAAUUCGAGAAACGCUCAUUCCGACUGAAGCAGCUAAAAGAAGCCAUGACUGAUGGGGACGGUCAAAAGAAGGAAGUUUUAGUCAAGACAUCGGCUGGUGAAUUCCGAUUUGAAGGAAUCUCCGAUGCCUUCACAAAGAAACUCUACGAAUGGGAAACAAAGAAGGGAGUAAACCCAGAACUUUCGACAAUAGCUCUCUUAGACGAAUCUUUGAAGCCGGCAGCGGAAACGGUUUUAGCAGCAGUUGGAUCAAAUUCGACAAGAACUUCACCUGAACAACUAAAAGCGUGUUUCCAGGUUUCAAGAGCCAGUUCUGAACCAGAUUUAUCAACAGCCCAGAAGGACACCAAUCCCAGCAAUCAGGCUACGAGAUCGAAAUCAGGAGACACCUUAUUGGCUGGCGAACUGGACGUCGUAAAUCUAGAACCAGACAUACCCCUCAACACACAACAAGAGCACCGAGACGGCACUCACCACACGGAGGACAGUUACUAUUCUCUUCUGGAAGAAAACAUGUUCCUUCUGGAUCAACUAAAAGACAAAGAAGAAAUUUGCAGCCAUCUGCAGAACGAACUGGAAAGACUUGACGACAAAACAGAAAAGACUAACCGAACGCACCAAGAAGAAAUGGAAAAAUAUCGUCAGAAACUAUGGGAAAUUCAUAUGUCUAGACCAAGAGACCUACAAGGAUCCCUGCACCUCAUUUCUGAAUUGAAAUCAAGAAUUGAAGAACUUCAAAAAUGCAGUGAUAAACUGAAGUCGGAUCGUGAGAGAUUAGAGGAAAGUUUCCGGUACCACAGCAGUCAGCAGGCAAGAUUGGCAGACGAUCUAAUAAGAAAAAUGCGAGAAAUUCAAGUCACUGGCACAUCCUAUGGCUUCUCGCGUGGCGGCAGUCGCAGAAAAUGGCGAAAAACUUUAAAAUGUGAUCCAAGUAGCAUAUCGAGAAUUCACGAAUUAUCUACGCAAAUACUGCAGCAAGCAAGGGAUGUUGAACAAACUCUAAUGGAACGAACAAGGCAGGUCUGCCAUCUACGAUGGGAAUUAUUGCAUCGAGAUAUGUCUGCUGUUCUUCUACAAGCAGCUCUCCAUCGAGUGACCAGUCAAGGAGAACCAGUCACUAUCCUCCCCACCUGGGACAAAAGAAGAAACAAAUUCAAAAAUAUCAAGGCUUGGUCAGUGGACACUACGACACGACGCCCAUCAGAAGAUCUGGUUACGGACGACUGGUUGCAAGAAAGACUGAAACAACUUACAAUGGCUCCAUACAAUGAUUGGGCGAACAUAGAUUUCUCAGCCAAUGACCUCAUGACAACAGCUCAUGAACUAAAGAAAGAGACUAUGCGGUUAGCAAUAUCCAGACAAGAUGGUGUUUCUGAUUCAGAAGAAAAAAAAUCUGCCAACUGGUCAGCGGAUUCGGAAAUGGCAGACAGUGACCGUUAUUACGAUACUGGAUCUGCUGUCAACAGUCGGUCAUCUUCCUUCUCCAGCGGACCAGGAGGUCUCAGAGGAUCUCACUCAGACACGAGGUUGUACGAAAGAUCCCGAAGUCUUCGCCGGAAUUCCUCGAGUAGUAUGAGUUGUGUAGAAGCUAGUGACAGCUCAAGCCUUCAUGAUAGUGACAAAAUGCAUUAUCUGUUGAAAAAGUUCCCUUGGAAAACACAGUGGAGAUCAAUGGAUAAUGUGUCGUCCUCUUAUUCUUCCAGAAGUUCCAUAUUGGAAGAAGAAACGGGAAAAUCUCUCUGGCGCCCAGUUCGGUCAUCCAGCAGGGGUGCAGAAGCUCUUCCCCAAGAAGAACUGACUCAUGCCCAAUUGCAGCAGAAGUAUGGCAGCUUCAAAGAGACCGACGAAGAAAACGAAGAACCCAAAGUGUCCUCGGACUGGGGAAGCCAGUGUUUGAUAACACCCAGGCCCAUCCACUUGGCGCGAAUAUCUGACAACGAAUCUGAUAAAGAUGUGUAUUCGCCCCAAUCUCAUUCUAGUCAAAACGCAGACAGUAUAAUCGGCUCCAUGAAAUACUAUCCAGCAGAAACAAUUUCUACGUCAUCGUACCCUGGAGGUAAGUCGUAUCUUAUGCAGGAGAAAGCAUUCAAUCUUCCACAAGAGUGCAAAGCCGAUGUUCUCAUUCAUGGAGAUGAACAAACUUAUUUCAAUACCACUGAUGGCAGCAUGGAAUCUCUGGACAAAUACGAAACUGCCAUACGGGACGAAGAACUGACAAUCAGCGAUGACCAAAACGAACAAGAAUAUUAUGAACACCGUACAAGUGGGUCUGGGGGAACUUUUUCCUAUUGCGAAGAUCCCGUGCAGAGAACUAGUAAUCAGAUUCAUUCCAUCUCUAGUGUAGGUUCUUCAUCUUUCUCUCAUAAUUGUGCCACAAAUUACUGUGAAGAAAACAAACAUCGAUCGCAUGCCAGUAGUUAUAGCUCCCUACAGGAGCAUGGCAAUACAAGUAUGCCAGGAUCGCCAAAUAUUUCACAGUUCAAGUAUAAAGGAACAAAAGGUUUUGGACGAUCUCCAAGGUUAGGGUACAAAAGAGAGGAAGAGAAAUUAAGUAGUUUCACUAAUAUCGAUGAAAAUGGAGCCGAUGAUUUAGAAUUCGGUUCAUAGCACAAAUUCAAAUUUAUGAAUAUUAGAGAAGAUGUUACUGGUGUUUCUUACUUUUCUUACUGUAUAUUGAGAAAAAUCAUGCAGAAAACGCAAAAAUAAAUGCCAUACUUUGAAAAAUG